AUGGAUCCCCAGAGCGUAGCCUUCCAGCCGCGCGACGAUCUCUGGCGCUUCCAAAGCGAGAUGCUCCGAGUGCAAGAGAACCAAGCCGACCUCGCUGAUCGCGUCGCUCGCUUGGAGCGCAAGCACGAAGACGACUCGCGUCUGAAGAACGUCUGGGGGACAUCAUCGCCCUUCCCUUCGGUGUUGGGGGGAACCCCUCAACAGGUGCCCCUGCAGCAGCCGACCGCCGAGCACUUCACAAACUUUGACGACCAGUCCAGCAAUCUCAUCGGCAACCUGCAACUGGACGCUGAUGAAGAGCCUCGUCGCGUAGGCGCCACGUCCCGUGCGAAUAGUGUUCGCUUCGACGAGACGGCCAACCACGGUCACUGGGCACAUGCAUCGAGGUCGUCGUUGGACCUGAUACCCCGCACUGGCAGUGGCAUGGGCGGCCAUGUCAUGAGCGAGCGCAGCUACUCUCACAAAUCAGAUGGAAGGCAGAGCUCUGCCGGGCACUCGGUACACUCCAUGGCCUCUGGUCGCGCGAAUAGUCUUACUAGCUUUGGACCGACAACGCCUCAAGACGCCCCAGGACUGGCUCCUGGCUUGUUCAUUCUCGGCUCCGUUCCUGCCAUAAUACGUUGCUGGCUCAACACUAACUUCAGGCACGAUACCCUGUUGUACGCAGCAGUGUGUUCAGGCUCAUACACAUCCUAUCUGGACUCUUACAUGGUCCACCACCUAGGCUUCCAGGAUCGCGUCGUUAUGGGCGAGGAUGGUGUUCGCAGAAUCAAGCUCUCUGUAUAUCUCCCAGAGGCUGUGCCUAUCUCAGCGUCUUCGCGAUCCGACAGUCCAGCUCCGCAGCUCCCUUUGGUGGGGGUGGAUUUCACUGUCACUGAGGAGCACAAUGCUGAAGUCAAUCCAAAAGCUAUUCAAAUUUUCCUUGGCAGCGAUAUGCUUCGAGAGCAUAACGCCGAUCUUCUUUUCUCUUCUAGCCAACUAACACUGUAUGAUGAUGACCGCAGCAAGCUUCAGAUACCACUCGUGCGCCCUGAAGAUGAUCGCGCUUUCAAAUUCUUGCACACUAGCGGUGCUUCCACGGCGCAUCUAAACCGCACAACUUCAGCUCUUGCUUCAACGCAGUCGGGCCACAUGAUCGAGAGUUCCGCCGCUUCAGCAACUCGUGAGCCUUAUUCAUCGACUGAGAAGUCGAAUGACCAAGGACCAGCGACUGGUUCUGAUGACGGCGGGUCCAAUGGACAUGGGAGUCUUGAACAGCGACCUCAACUCGGACUCUCCACAUCGAAUCGCUCUGACACCAAAGAUGCUCCAGACUCAGGCCUCGCUAGUGGAGUGCCGCGCACGGGUGCAUCUCCAGCUAUCUGGAGCAAUUGGCGCCGUGACCAAGCAGAGAAGGCAAACACGGGCUCUUUGGAUUGGGCUAAUGUGGGUAAAACUACCAGCUCAAAUCCUAGUUAUCAGCGACGUGAUACAGGCAUCAAAGUUCUGAAGCCCUCUAGAUCGACACGUACGUUAUCCACGUCAAACUCAUCGCCAGUCACAGGACAGUCGCGCUUUUUUGAUGACGGAAAGCGAAGGGGCGAGGGCGAGGCGACCAGUGACCUUGCGCCUCCUCAGCGGAAGAUCGUGGUCCCGCCAAAAGAUUCGUCCAACCUCGACGGCAACCAUUCACCGAAUGUGGGAAGCGUCGGUGUAGGGUCCCCUCGCUCCUCCCCGCAACCCUCAGCGUCACCACCGCGCUAUCUGCCACCGCACCUGCACGACGAAGUUCUAGUUGACGCUCCUGACUCUGGAAGUCUUGCCGCGAGAGACAACAGCAAUUACACGGGGGCAAGCUCACCCAGCGAGGCCUACGCCAACCUGACCCUCGACAGCCGCGAGGGCUCCUUCACCGAUCUCGAUCGCAUACGAACCGCCGAGCAACACUCGCAGAGACCUCCCCCACGGGCAUCGUCACCCGCCAAGCGCCUCCAUUCAGACAUGGACGAUAAGCCCGACGCGCAGUCGGACUCCCGAGCCGGCAAGCCCCUGCCUACAAGCACACCACAGCGCAGUGCGCGCGCGACUUCGGUCGACAUGGCCGAUGCGCCCAACGGCAGCGGCCUCGACACCGACAUGCCCAGCAUCGACGAGCAGGUGACUCGCGUCAUGGGCAUGAUGUCCACAGAGGCUUUGGUGGACAGGCAGGAGGGCUAUGUUAUCUCUGAGCAGUGGCUAGAGCGUGUCUGGGCAAGGACGUCGGAAAACAUAAGCAGGCCGAAUGACUUCAGCAAAGACGCAACCGAGGGUCCUGUCGGCGCGGUAGACAAUUCGCAUCUCGUCGACACGGAGCUGAUGCACGAGGACCUGGUCGACCAGCAUGGGGAAGACUUUGUCCCGCUCAGCAAGGCGGCGACGCUGGGCCAAGAUUUUGAGAUCCUGCCCCGCAAAGCAUGGGACUUGGUUCAAAGCUGGUAUGGGCUCGACAAGUCAAGUCCUAUCAUACGUCGGUACGCCCACAACACGGUACCAGGAGGAGUAAGCGAAGACAUUUCCUACGAGCUUCACCCUCCCAUCUUCACAAUCCGAAAAGCGCGAAAAUCUCCAAACCCCACCGACAGCGCCACACCAGCCGCAAAGCUCGUUGCGAGCAGAUACGAGAGUUUCGUUGCCUUCAUUGAAGCCGCGAAAAAAGCCGCCGGCAUUGACCUCAACAACAAAGUCCGCAUUUGGCGGAUACUCACGCCUGCUCCCACAGAUCAGCCCCAGCCAUUGCAACCCUCUGGCAUGUUAACACCUGACGCGUCCCCUCGUAACGGAUCUCCCAUUGCGCCAGCACCUGCUCAGCGGCCUUCGCUUUCCAUGAGCGUCGAAAGUUUCAAUGGUCUUGCCUUUGGGUCGGAGCGCGAGCUGGUUACUGGCAAAGAUGAGAAAGACAACGAGGCUUCCAACGAGGACCUUACUUUGGCCGAUGCUGGUUUGACCCAGGACCAAAUUAUUGUACUUGAGGAACACGAUGAAAAAGGCGAAUACAUAGCAGAGACCACCAAAACGGCGUCAAAGAGCAAGACUAAUGCUUUGGUUGGCAAGAGCAACCCUAACAGCGGGCGGAGCACUCCAACGGGAGGCCCUGUAACGCGUGGAAGGAAGCAGAAUGGCAAAGUUCGUGGCCACGUCGGGCUUACGAAUCUUGGCAACACGUGUUACAUGAACUCCGCUCUCCAAUGUCUACGAAGUGUCGAAGAGCUAAGCAUGUACUUCCUAAAUAACAAAUGGAAGGACGAAGUCAACGUGGACAAUCCCAUCGGUUUCAAAGGUGUCAUCGCCAAGUCGUAUGCCGGGUUACUGAGCUCUAUUUAUGGCUUUGACAACAAUUCCUCCGUCUCGCCCAAGGACUUCAAGCUCAAGCUAGGCAGGGCUAACCCGAUGUUCUCUGGCUAUGGGCAGCAGGACUCUCAAGAGUUCGUCAGCUGGCUGGUCGACGCGCUCCAUGAAGAUCUAAACCGUAUCAUCAAGAAGCCGUACCUAGAGAAUCCCGACUCUGAUGACAAUACCUUUCGCGAUCCAGAGGCAGUCAAGCGACUCGGUGAGAUUUAUAGACAGAAUUACUGGGCGCGUAACGACUCUGUAGCCAUGGAUUUGUUCAAUGGAUUCUACAAGAACACCAUGGUGUGCCCAGAUUGCGAGAAAGUUAGCAUUACUUUCGACCCAUACAGUCAGCUCACCUUGCAGCUGCCGGUAGAGCAGUCCUGGUCUCAUACCAUCACUCACGUGCCACUGACUGGCAAGCCUAUCCAGAUUGAGCUUGACGUCGACAAGAACACCACAAUCAAAGCUUUGAAAGACUUUGUCGGCAAGCGCGGAGGCGGCGUUCCAGCCAACCGCAUAAUGGCGUCAGAGGUCUACAGCCACAAAUACUAUCGACACUUGGACGACGCUUCCACAAUAGCGGAGUCGAAUAUAGGCGCACGAGACGACAUCUACUUUUAUGAAUUGGAAAUGGCUCCUAGCAACUGGCCAGUUCCUAAGAAGAAGGGCUCCAAAUACCGUGUGAUGCUUUCACAGUCCUCUGAUGAGGAGAUUCCGGAGACAGUUUCGCCGCUUCAUGACCGCGUUGUAUUCCCAAUGUUCCACCGGAUACCCAGCCAGUCCGCAUACAGGGCGACGGGACAGUCUAUGGCAUUAUGGCCUAGCUUUAUCGUCCUCACCAGAGAGGAAGCGAAAAACUAUGACACAAUCCUCCGAAAGGUUUUGGCUAGGGUUGCUGGAAUGACGACUCGCCCAAUUCUCAGUGAGCUCAGUGGACAAGACCAGUCGCGUCCUGGCUCCGACGUUGUGUUGACAACAGAAGAGGACGCAUCACCAAACGAUCCCCAAGUCCAGGAUGGAUCUGUUGAAGGCGAGGACAUGGUUGAGGUUACAAUGACGGAUGCAAAGGAUGCGCCUGUAGCUCGAACUAGCGAAGUUGAUGAAAUUCCUGAGAUUCUUCGACCGGGCAGCUAUAUCCAUCCGGAGUUCAGGAAUCUGUUUGAGAUGAAACAUACAAGAAAGAGCUCGGAGAUCGUUACCACUGGCUGGAGUACCGUCGAUUACUCAAAACCACUUGAGCCUAUCUCGAAGCGAAUCAAGAUACCAUCAUCCCGAGAGGAAUCUGUACAAUCGUCUGCUGCUGGAAGCGAGACUACUUCCAGCGAUGAAGAUGAGGAUGCAUCCCAGGCCACCGUCGUUGACGCGGACGCAGUGAUCGAUGCAGCCAAUGUUAGUAGCGACGAGGAAAUGCAGUCCAUCGAGCCAGAAGCUCCAGAGUUCGCUCGGUCUGGCCGCCAGAACAAGAAGAAGAGCAAAAAAGCGCGCAAACACGAGCGCAAGAUGGAACGAAAACACAAAAACAACAAGAACUUCAGGAACAAGAAAGCAGGCAAGGUGCCAGACCAACCGAACUAUCCGGAUGAUCCUGAAGACGAGUCUGACGAAAGAUUGCUUCGAAUGGGCGAGGCUCUUGUUCUUGAUUGGGAUUCCAAAGCUUAUGACGCUCUGUUUGGGGCAACAACGGCAGAUGAUCCUAGGGGCGCGGACUCGAUGAAGUCGAUUGAACUCCUCGACGACCCAGAGCUUCAGGAGAAAAAAGAGAAGCGUGCAGCCCGUCGCAAGCAUGGCAUCAAUCUCGAUGAGUGUUUCAAUGAAUCCUCCAAGAGCGAAGUGCUCUCGGAAGACAACGCGUGGUACUGCAGCCGUUGUAAGGAAAGGCGUAGGGCAACAAAAACACUCGAGAUCUGGACUGUUCCCGACAUUCUCAUCAUACAUCUCAAGCGCUUCAGUGGAGCGAGAAACUUCCGAGACAAGAUUGAGGAUCUGGUCGAUUUCCCCAUAGAGGGACUAGACUUGUCUGGCAAAGUCGGCUUCUCUGAGGGCAAGGAUCUCACUUAUGAUCUGUUCGCUGUCGACAAUCACUUCGGUGGGCUUGGAGGCGGUCAUUACACAGCCACUGCGCAGAACUUCUUCGACAAGCAGUGGUACGACUACAAUGACUCAAUAGUGACGAAAUGCGAAUCGGGCCGGAAAGCUGUAUCAAGAUCAGCCUACCUUCUGUUCUACCGACGCCGUUCGCCUGUCCCUUUAGGCCCUCCCUCCCUUCAGCAGAUUGUAACCGCCGACAUCAGCAACCCCGGCUCUGACGAAGAUAACGACACAGAACUUCGCUCCCGCUCACCUGCGGGAAACGGCUUGCGCCUCGGCGAUUCGUCCCGCAAUGGGUCGUCGAGCGCUGGCGCAGUCGCAGCGGGAGCCGUAGCCCUGCGCGCGGGUGGUUAUCCGCGCUCAGCAGCCGCGAACCGUCCAAAGAACGGAGUCGCAGCCGCGAGCCAGAGUGAUGAAGAAGAGCUGCCGGCCUAUGCCGAUGAUGAAGGUUAUGCUGACGAGAUACCGUACAACACCAGCACUAAUGUCUGGGAUGAUGCUGACCAGCCGGUUUGGAGCUUCAACAGCCUCAACAGCACGGGCCCGGGUGGUCGCAACGACUCCGACGACGACGGCAUUGCAUCCGAUACUGGCGCUCUGGGUUCAGAAGCUGACGAAAGUGGCUUGGGUAAUAGGCUGAUCGAGGACUUUGGUGACGACGGCCCAGUAAAGAGUGGUUGGAGUGGUGUCAACACACCUAUUACACAUCAGGACGACGAAGUAGCUGAAAUAAGGCUCGUUGGCGACGAGUGA